AUGGCUGGAAUAUCACCCCCUUCAACUGGUGGCCGAGUACAGCGUGCGACGCGAGUAGCCAGGGCGUGUGACUACUGUCGCAAGAAAAGGCUCAAAUGCACAUCGAAUCGAUAUCCCUGUCUCAAUUGCCAGCUCUACAACGCCGAAUGUACCACAAAAGACCGCGUUGGAAGACGGUCCAUCAUCGUCAGGAACAACGACCAAGACGCAACGAGUGCCGCCGUCUCAGGGGGGGUCUCCGCCACAACACCACCGGAGGAGCCGAGCAUAGAUGUUGCAGUCAACUCCAGCGCUGAUGCCUUUUUUGCCUUGGCCGACAAUGACGAAGAAGACGAAAAUGACAACGACGCGAGCAACAAUAAUGUCAACAGCAGCCACAGCAAUGCCCAUGGCCAUCACGAUGGCAGCAACAAUAUGGACAACAAUAUGGACAACAGCAGUAUCACCCGUGCUAUAGACAACAAUGACUUGAACGGACAUCAUCCCGACAAUCAAAACAGCCUGUCAGCGCUACCGUGGGCAGAGAAUCAAGGAUUCGAUGUCGUGAAUGAAGCGUCACAAGACUUCGGACACGUGCUACGCCAGCUCGGCAUCGGGGUAUCGUCCAAUUUCUGGGAACUGGACAGAACAAUGCUUACCAACAUGGCCAACACGGAUGCCCAUCUGAUGGGUGGUGUGGACGGUAGCGACAGGCUCGAGAUGGGUCAGAUGCCACCGGAUGCGAUCCCUAUUCCCAUCAUGGAGGGGCCUUCAGCGGCAGCCUCGUUUGCUUCUCCCCCAAAGUCGAUAGCAAACUCAACCAACGGGAGAGUAUCCGCCAUCGAGUCGUUAACUACGAGAGACAAUGAAGUUUUCCCUUCAAAACAGUCGCUGCCUCCUGGUGUCUUUAUUCGGAAAGACCAGACCUUGACAAACUACAUUGGCUUGUGCUCGGUAGGGGCAACGUUAGCCUUGUGUUUGAAAGACGCGCUUGACAGCCAGCGUGUUCCCUUGGACGCUAGUUCAUUAAGCUUCUUGAUCGAAGCAGGGCCUCAUGUCGACGAAGUGGGAUUCUUAUCUCUGUGUGACCUGUCGUCACGGAAGUUGCCCCCUCGUGCGGAAGCCUUGCAACAGAUCAAUGCCUAUUUUCGAAACCUGAACACCUUUUACCCGAUUCUUGAUGAGGAGUCCUUUAUGGCUCGGGCUGACAUGUUUUAUACGGCACAAAGGCCACUGUUGAGGGUCCUCGACUACUCUCUGUUCUACCUGGUGCAAUCCCUAGGAGCGCUCUGCAUGCAGCAUGAUUCAGACAACCCCAGGGCAUAUGAGAAGUAUGCUGCCGCUGCAUACGAACAGGCUUGGUCUUUGAUACACGAAAGUAUAGGGAUGCCAUGCGAGACAUCCUUGCAGAUUCUACUGCUUCACGUUGUACGCCAGAUAUACUUUGGCAAAUGCGGCAUUGCAUGGGUCUUCUGCGGAAUUGCUAUCCCCAACUACGUCUUCGGUCACGGCUCUGGUGGAUACUGCUUAACUUUGACUCGUAUGCUUGAUCCCCCUCGCGUGGGACGGCCUCCGGGAGUCGAGGAUACAGCGCAUGAUGGAGAGGUGGUUGUCGAAGGAAAGAGUGAUGUUCACUCGGAUCCGUCGUAUCCCACCUUGUCACUGGUGUAUAUCUGGACUUGCCAGCUCGGCCAGGUCCAGAAUCGCUUCUGUAACGCCAUGCACUCCAGGAACGAUGGGUCUUCAAGGAUUGAGGCCCUUGUUCAGCUAGACCGAGAGCUUACCGCAUGGAUGGAUAGUCUUCCCACAUCCUGCCGACCUGGCUAUCCAAACUUGUCAUCUUCUGACAUUCGGCUGCAUAUAUUGUUGAUACAUCUUGAGUGCUUCAAUCUGCUACGGGCCAUUCACUGGGCAGUCAUCACGUUGCGGCCAGCCUUGACUCCAGGAGUUGAUGCUGAGAAACUGGCGGCGCGACUUCAAGCGAGCGAUACACUCUGUGUUGAAGCGGCACGAUCAUUCAUCAAAAGUCUGAAUGGAGCUAUGAAUGAUUUGGGGUGCAGGAAAAUAUUCGUCAUCUGCUUUCACACGAACAAUUACAUGGCCGCUAUAGCAACUUUGUAUCGCAGCAUCGCCAGAAACCCAUCCUCCUUCUCGGCACGAUCCGAUCUGGAACACCUGCGAGCAGGCAAGAUGCACCUGGACAGGGAUAGCACCGACAGCGCGAUAGGGCCUGCAUUGACGCAUGUCAUCAACAGUAUGCUCUUGUCGGCAGAAAGUGUUGUAUGGAAAUAA